AGGCUUAUAAGGCAUUUUCUGCCUCCUUUCUGCAUGCCUUCUUGGUGUAACGGUAGCACCCUCGGCGCGAACUCCAGAGGUCCAGGUUCGAGUCCCGGCGGGGGCAUAGCACAUUUCUUUAGCUUCCUGACAUAAAAAAUUUCUAAAUUUCUCUACAGUGGCGCCCGAACUAAAAGGUGGUGGAUGGUAAUUCUUCACCACCGGGAGAUGGGGAUUGGGUUGCGAGUAUAUACGGCAUUUUUUCCCUUCUUUCUGCAUGUCUUCGUGGCAUAGCAGUAACACGAGAGGUCCAGGUUCGAGUCCCGACGAAGGCAUUGCUCAUUUAUCACGUCUCCUACUUCAAAAAAGUUGUCGUGUUGUUGUCCUUGUUGUUGUCGUGACUUAUCUCACUUGUCUGACAGUAAAAUCAGCGCACAAGGCCGCGAAAUUUGUCGUCGCAAACAGUGCAAGAUUGCACCUAUGGCCGGCACCGAGUCUUGAGCACCAUACCGGUAACAGUACGACUUUGCUCAGUUCCAUUCCCAGUUUUGAUGUAGAGCACCCCGUAGGACGGGUUCGAAAGUCUACCUCCCCUACCAUCAACCUUCCGAGAAGACUUUCGGCUCUCCGCAUAUUUAGGGUGCUUCCAUACCGCACAUACACUAAACAUUUACAAACAUCCAUGCCUUCUUCGGGAUUUGAACCCGGGCCCAUCGGUACGGCAGUCAGUGUCGCUAGCCACUAUUUCGCUUGGGCGGCUAGGAUUUGUGAAAGCUAUCAAAACAAUUUUCUUUUACAUUUUUUUAAUAUACGAUUAAACAAGAAAUAGAAAUGUUAUUUUGAAGCGUUUCCUCUACAAUAUUACACAUAUCAUAAACAUUACUUCUAAAAAUGGUUUUAGGAAUUAAUUCUUCUGCAUCCAUUAUAAGCGACGUGUAUGUUAUUCAGUUUCAAGCAAUUACAGCCAAAAUAGAACGUUAUGCUCGGAUACUUAUCUCUUAAAUUUAAUUUGCUCUAGAGACUAUUUUGUUCUAUUCUAUAAAAAAAUCGGAAAUGUUUAGUAUAAACUGCCAGUUUAGUUCAUGCAUAUUCGGAUAAUUUAGAAUGGACUUUUUCCUGAUGCGCUUUGAUUAGAAUAGAAACACCGGCAAGUUAUGCAUGACUGCCGUUAAGUAUCGAUGAAUCUCAUAAAAAAAAAAAAAAAAAAAGCAUUCGUAGUCAAAAUUUAAUUCGUAAUAAUAUAUUAGUAAUUUGUAAUUAAAUAUUUUGCAUAAAAUUUACUAAUACUUUCAACAGAUGGAGAAAGAAAGAAAACGAACAAACUGUGUAAUUCAGAUACAAUGAUUUACAUGAUUCAGAUACAAUGAUUUACAUGAUUCAGAUACAAUGAUGUGUAAUUCAGAUACAAUGAUUGACAUGAUUCAGAUACAAUGAUUUACAUGAUUCAGAUACAAUGAUGUGUAAUUCAGAUACAAUGAUUUACACGAUUCUACACUUAUUCCAAGACGAAAUGCAGAAGUUUGCAAGAAAUUGUACGUUGGAAAGCGUUAAGAAAUUAUUUCUACUCUUGUUUAAAAAAUAAUAAACUAAUUGCUUAGUCGCAAAAAGUAUUGUUUGUAGCUUUUCCUUUAAUAAAAUUCACAUUAUUUUGUUAAAGAGGACUUUUUGUCAUUAAUUUAUUUAAAUAACUUUCCAUCGUUUCGUUCUAGUAAUCAGUUAUGAGUCAUUCUUGUUUCCUUAGUAAAACUUAAUCUGAAGUCGUGCCAUGAUUUGCAUCCGGUUGCUUGAAUGCGUAAAUAACAAGAUCUAGAUGACUAAUUAAAGGAAAACAGAAAAAGGGGGGAACGGAUGAAAAUAAAAUCUCUUUCCUGCCGGCGGCGAAAUUAUGGGAGAGUGUCGAAAGAACACGAUCUAUUUUAAACCAGGCGUCUGUGUCGAUGAUCUCAAGCAUUUAGUUCGCUGCGACCUAAAGCGUUGUCUGAGACAAGCUGGUUGCCUUGGAAACGACUUCGAAUGAGACGAUCGAACCUUUCGAUCGACAUUAUUGCAGAUUUGUUUCGAUAAUGUCUACACCAAACUUCUUCGGAGAACUCUUAAACUGUGACUUAGAGACUGAUGACAAAGAGCGAAUUACCGAAUGUUUAGAGCGAUUCGAUCAAGAUCAUGACGGAGCUCUCAACUUGCGUGAACUGUGUGCUUUGACUGAUGAACUGUUUGUCAACAGUAAAGGCGAGCCUUACGACCUGCCGUUGCGUAUGUGUGCAGAUAUAUUUUAUGCUUUUGAUAUGGACCGAGAUGGAAAGAUUAAUGAAGAUGAACUGAGCGUAGUGUGGCCCAAUUUUAUCCUACCUAUCAUACGACCGACGAGUGCUUUGAUAGUUAUAGAUGUACAAAACGAUUUCAUCGAUGGCUCUUUAGCUAUACGAAACUGCCCUGCUGGUCAAGAAGGUAAAGAAGUUGUUCCUGUCAUAAAUCAUUUACUUCAGACUGUACCUUUUAAUUACAUUUUUUACACCUUUGACUGGCAUCCGGAAGAUCACGUUUCCUUCAUUGACAAUAUUCAUCUUCGAAAUUUUCACGAAAGUAGUUUGGUAUCUAAAGAAGAGGCAAAAAUUUUUGACACCGUAGUUUUUGAAGGUCCUCCAGAAAUUGAACAAAAGCUCUGGCCUAGACACUGCGUCCAGAAGUCGUGGGGAUCGGAGCUUCAUUCUGAACUGAAAAUAGCUGAAAAUGCCAUUUUUAUUUAUAAAGGAACUUGUUCGGAUAUUGACAGUUAUUCGGCAUUUUGGGAUAAUCAGAAGCUUUCCCAGACCAAUCUUUCCGAAGAACUUAAGACUAGAAGUGUGACAGACGUCUUCGUCAGUGGCUUAGCAACUGACUAUUGCGUUGGUUAUACUGCCUUGCAUGCUCUGGAGCACGGGUACCGAACCAUUCUCAUCGAAGAUGCCUGCAGGGGAGUGGAUCUUAAAGACAUUAAAGCAAUGCAGGAUAAACUUGUUGCUGAACAUGGCGUGGUGGUGACAUCCGAUGAAGUUAAAGAUAUGGUAUUAGGACGAGAUCGUAAGCCUGAAUUGGGAUAUCGAACGGCAAUGGUAGCCGCCGUUCAAAUUGAUUCUCGUUAAUUAUGCUACGUAAAUCAAUUAGCUUGUUAAUGUGAAUUAAUAUUAGAUCUACGGAAUAUGAUAGCUCAUAGUUUAAAAGAUACUUGCUAAAUAGUAACGUUAAAGCUUAAACGGAGACUUGUUUCUCUAGACGGUAAAUUUACAAAUGAUACAUGCAUAUGCCUUAAGUAGAAUGUCUUAGUUAUGAAAACGAUAUUAGAAGGAAGCUUGUGUUUAACAAAGUUUUAGAAAUUGAUGCGAGAGAUCGCUUUCCAGUUACACUUUAAUUUUUCACUUUUACAGAUUUAGAAUUGAUUUAAUUUUUCAUGUGAUUAUCCAGUCAGUAUUAUUAAUAUUCUUUUGAAUGAAAACAAGGAAAAGUUAUAUUUUAACUAAUAAUAUCCUUAAUAUAUCUUCUUUAAAAACAUUUAAAAUAAAAUUAUUUUUUCACUGCAAGGUUUUUUUUUAAAUGGUAUGUUAUGCUACUGAGAUUAUAUGUUAUGGUUAAAAGGAGUAACCGACAUAAUAUUACAUUAAGUAAGCUGCCUGAAAUGUUGAUUUUGCAAAGGCAAUCUGCAAAGUAUAUUUCUUUCGAAGUUACAUAUUUCAUGCAUAAAAUAUUCAGACAUUUAAAAAUUUUCAAAGUACUUCCACUUUUAAUUUCAAUUAUUCAACGUAAAGACAAAAACAAAUCUUAAUAUAUUAAAGUAUAAUGCAAAUUAAAAAAGUAACAACCGUGUAAAAUAGCAUUUGCAUUAAAAUUGAAUUUCAAGAAUUCUAAAAAUUUCCAGCUUUCAAAUUCGAAGUUAUGCAUACAUUUUAUAUAAAAUUUCUAACCACUGUUUGUAAUAAAGCUAAAAGAAAUCGCAUAUAAUAAUACUAUUCAAUUCUGCAAGUAUAUGAAAUUAGUGAAUUGAAACAGACAUAAUCUCUAAAAUAUUCAUAACAUUAGAUGGUAUGUGUGCAAUUAAUGAAAAUAAAAUAGCUAUAAUCUCUGAAGUGUCCAUGAAAUAAAUAUGUAAAAUCAAUAUAAGUUAAACUCUCAUGAUCUAUGAAGUAUCGAUUGCAUAAAAUGCUUGGAUAAAUGAAAACUUUUGUUUUAGAAAAUUCUAAUAAAGUUUUUUUUUCCCUCCAAAA